AUGGCACCAAGACAAUCGCAAACAGCUAAGAGAAACAAGUCCCAAAAUAAGACUCGUAAUGUCGAAUCAGAAGUGACAUCGGACUCUGUAGCCAGAAACUUGUUGGCCAAUCAACCCAAACUCACACCAAAAUCGAAAGUGAGGAAGCAAAGUAAAGCAGUAGUUAAAAAGCAACAAGCCAAGAUAAGAUUAUAUGGUAGUAAGAGUGGAAAAGAAUAUAGAGAAGAUCAGCUUGACAUCCCUACGUUAAAUAAAGCAGUUACGCCAGGUGUAAAGGCCAAGAAGGGAAAGAAGGGUAAAGUGUUUUUAAAGGACGAUGAUUCUUUAACCAUGACAAGAUUAGUGAAAUCUAUUAACGAUAAAUAUGACCAAGUAAAUGAAAGUAAGUUGGAAAAAUCCAGAAGAUUGGAGGAAAUCAGAGAAUUGAAGAGGAAGGAAUUGGACAGAAAGGAACAAGAGAAGAUUGAUAAGUUGGAAGGAAAGAAAGAUCAAUUGAAGAACAAAGCAUCUGUAGCAAGAUUAGCAAGAAGAAAGAAUGCCAAGGCCAGAAAGUCAGACGAAGACAGUGAGCCAUCCAGACCUAAAAAGAAGAGUGUUUCAUUCAGUUAG